GCAGCCUAAUUGCUCCCGAUGCUUAAAAAUUAGCGAGAUUUUCCCGCUCGGUUUUCCCGCCGUUUUAGAAACAGAACUCGAAAUCCUUCCGGUGGGAGGGGGAGUGAGAGGGGGAGUGGGAGAUGGCAAAGGCUGAAGGAGCUCCGGCGGCGCCGACGGGAUGCUUUAAGUGCGGCAGGCCAGGCCACUGGUCUCGAGAUUGCCCUUCCUCAUCCGCUACUAACACAAACCCUAACCCUAAUUCCGGUGCUAAGCCGAACUCAACCAAUUAUUCAAAGCAGUCUUCGGCUGGGAACCCCAUCCCUGUAACCAAGAAGGUUCCACGGUCACGGCCGAAGCUCACGCAAGAUCUCUUGCUCUCUGAUGACGGCCUUGGCUAUGUACUCCGCCAUUUUCCCCGCGCUUUCAAGUACCGUGGCCGAGGCCAUGAGGUUAGUGACCUUGGCAAUCUGAUAGGAAUGUAUGCCGAAUGGCACUCUCAUCUAAUCCCUUACUACUCCUUUGAUCAAUUUAUUCGCAAGGUUGAGCAAGUCGGUGCAAGUAGAAGAGUCAGACGAUGCAUUCAUGAAUUGAAGGAAAGAGUUGCCAGAGGGGGAGAUCCAACCAAAUUGCAUGAACCACCUGUUGAGCUGGUUGACCCAAAUGAAGAACCAGAGCAACGCAGUGAUGAGCCUACCCAUAUGGAAGAACCAGUUGUUGACAUGGAAGAUGCACCAUUAGAAGCUCAUGGUGCAGACCAAAUUCCAGAAGAAAUGAUCAAUGAAAUUAAUCUGAAUGCCACGGAUGAUUCUGGCAUACCACAGCAGAAAUCAUCUGAACCUUCCCAAGCUAGCCAUAUGCCAGACAGUGAGCCAAGGGAGUUUAAAAAGAUAGAGAUCACAGAGGAGCAGAGAGCUCGGAUGGAAGCAAAUCGCUUGAAAGCCUUGGAAAGAGCCAAGCAGGCACGCUCUUCUUAAUUUGUUUUGGCUUUUUUUACUUGUCUUUGUUUAGUGUAAGAAGAUUAGUUUUUCUUUUGUGGCAGUUUUUUCAGUCUUUGAGCCAGACUGGUUGAACUGUUUUCAUUAACGUUUUAAUGUGCUCAAUUCUAUGCUUAGCCUAACAUAAAAUUUGCUAUUAUAUAGCUUCUCAAUCUCUUGCCGGAUGAGGUAUGCCUUU